CUGUGCAGGGCUCAGCGCAGUUGAAGUUCUCAGGUUACGUUUCAUCCAGCUUUAUUAGCUGAUUUCGCCUCGAACCUGCCUUCUUCAUCGCCGCGGCACUGGACGCAAGCUGCCAACAUGAAGCUUCCACUGGCGAUUCUUGCAGUUUUUGCAUCGAUAGCUGUCACAAUUGACGCUACCGUGUACUUCAAGGAACAGUUUCUGGAUGGAGAUGGAUGGACGAGCCGGUGGCUGGAGUCAAAGCACAAGUCAGACUAUGGCCAAUGGAAGUUGAGCGCUGGAAAAUUCUAUGGGGACGCCCAGGCUGAUAAAGGUAUUCAGACCAGCCAGGAUGCCCGCUUUUAUGCCCUGUCAGCCCGUUUUGAUCCCUUUAGCAAUGAGGGAAAGCCCUUGGUCGUCCAGUUCACUGUCAAGCAUGAGCAGAAGAUUGACUGCGGAGGUGGCUACGUCAAGAUCUUCCCCUCUGACCUUGACCAGAGUGACAUGCACGGAGACUCGCAGUAUUACAUCAUGUUUGGGCCUGACAUCUGUGGAUACAGCACAAAGAAAGUUCAUGUAAUCCUGAACUACAAGGGCCAGAACCACCUCAUCAAGAAAGACAUUAAAUGCAAGGAUGACGAGCUGACCCACCUAUACACACUGAUACUGAAUCCAGACCAGACAUACGAGGUGAAGAUCAACAAUGAAAAAGUGGAGUCUGGCUCCCUUGAGGACGACUGGGACAUGCUACCCCUGAAGAAGAUCAAGGACCCCGAGGCCAAGAAACCCAGCGAUUGGGAUGACAGGGCCAAGAUUGAUGACCCCAAUGACACCAAGCCUGAGGACUGGGACAAGCCAGAGACCAUCCCUGACCCUGAUGCCAAGAAGCCUGAUGACUGGGACGAGGACAUGGACGGAGAAUGGGAACCGCCCAUGAUCACCAAUCCAGAUUAUAAGGGUGAGUGGAAACCCAAGCAGAUUGACAACCCCGACUACAAGGGAGCCUGGGUCCAUCCUGAGAUCGACAACCCAGAGUACACUCAUGACGCCACAAUGUACAAGUUUGACAAAAUUGGAGUACUGGGUUUGGAUCUGUGGCAGGUUAAAUCUGGCACCAUCUUUGACAACUUCCUGAUCAGUGACGAUGUCAAAGAGGCUGAGGAGUUUGGAAAGGAAACCUGGGGAGCUACUAAGGGACCAGAGAAGAAGAUGAAGGAAGAGCAGGAGGAUAUGGAGAGGAAACUGAGGGAGGAGGAGGAGAAGAGCAAGACGAAGGACGCUGAAGGUGAUGAGGAGGAGGAGGAUGAUGAGGAAGACGGUGAGGAGGAGAAUGAGGAGGCAGAGGAAGAGGGUGAGCACGACGAGGAGACGGAUGAGGAUGCUGGGACAGAAGAGGAGGAUGGCGACCUCAAAGAGAAGGACGAGUUGUAAAUUAGAGGAGCUGGUUGGUGGACUGCUGUGUACUUCUAUCUGCAGGUUCAAAUUAACGACAGAAAAUUAGCGAAGCCCCGAGGACUCUGGCUUUUCACACAGCAUUUUCAUUUAUUCAAGUGUAGGGGCGGGAGAGGAGGGGAAGGUGGGGUCAGAUCCGAUUAAUUUUUUAUUCAUUCCAUUGUUUUUUUUAGUCUUCAAAUUAGAGAAGGGGGAAGGGUUUCCAUGUUGUUUUUCCUUCCGUUUUGUGUAUGCUUUGGUUGAGAAUUUUCUAAUUUAAUGUGAUUUACUGAACGUGGUCGGUCCCAUGGUGUGUGCGUCCUGCAGUUACCCACAGAGCCAAUUCAUUUUUAUUAUUGCCUUUGUUGGGAUGUCCAGUAAAUCGAGGGUCUGUGAUGUCUGGUUAAACUGAACUUUUUUUUUUUUUUCCUUUCUCCUGUGUGAUUUAGUACUGUUCCUUUUUGAAUUGAUCCCCUUCAUAAUUUAUUUAAUCAUUACAUUAAUUUCCUGAAAACACAGAGCUAUGCAUACAUGUUUUCUCCAAUUCUGUGUGUACGAGUGUGUGUACGAGUGUGCGUGUGUGUGUUUUAGAAUGAGACUGCAUAAGACAAACUGUGAUUUCUACAAUCCUCAUUUUCUCAUUGUUCUGGAUGAGUGACUGUCCCAUGGGCCCACACUGUUUUUGAGUUUCAGUGAAUAAAUUGAAGCUUCUCUCAACAAUCUGACACCUGUUAUCAAUGAUAAAGGUAGUUGUGGAUGUGUGAAUGUUGUCCGUUUUAUUCCAGUGUGGUGUGAAACGAUAUUUUUGUGGUGAUAGAAUGGUGGCCUAAACAAACAUACAGUAAACACCCGUAUUUUUACUGAGAGGGUUUUUUUUUUUUUAAAGAAAUGUUAGUAUCUGUACCAAUAUGAUAGCUUAGUUUCUGUAAAGAUAACCAAAACAAUAUUUUUCCAAUAGGCUAACAUAAUUUGUGGAAUAUACUGUUAACAAGUUAAAUGUCAUACGUUUAUUCUUGACCUUGGUAACUGUAUGUUUGACAAAAUAAAUUUAACUCCAUGUCCACUUAAUGGCUUUUUGGGGGGGAUUUCAGCCACACCCCACAGUCUCGAUCAGCAAAUUCAAGUUGGCUUAGUUGUCAUCAAUUGAUGUACGUUUGGAACUUCAGUCACAUGGCAACAGGUGGAUUUUUAUGGGGGAAGAUGGCCUCUAGCAUCGGAUGGGAAUUUCCUAUAUCAACUUUAUCCAGCUUUCCACUGCCUUCAACAUCUUGGUUUUCAUUUAGCAAAAUAUGCCAAACUACACAGUACAUCCGUGUGAAAAAAGAACUUUGUGCAUUAAAGUAGAUAGUUAAAAAGAUUUUUUUAAAUUUUUUUUAAUUGAGAUUAGGAAAUGCAAGCCUGUAUUUUGUCAUCCUGGCUGUUCAAGCUGGAUCAGCACCAGAACCACUGAAUGAAGAGGACCUGCAUAUGUGAUGUUGGUAUGAAAAAGAGACAAGUAUAUAAAGAUGAG